AAAACGCAAGCCAGAGUCAUCGGCAUCUUGUAACCUUGGAGUGAUGGAGGUCUCCAGCUACACCAGGUACAAGCGAGCGCGGCGCUCACCGGAGUACCCCUGCGUGUCGCGGCUCCGCCACCGCCGCCUUCUCGCCUUCCUCCAGCGCGGCAGCAGCUUUUUCUCCACCUUCAACGCGUUUGUCCAGGAGACGAGCGUCUUCUUCAGCGUCGCCCACCUGAAGCACCUCGUGUUCCUGGGCCAGUGGGACGACGCCAUCAACUAUGUUCACCGCUUUGCACCGUCCGUCGAAAUGCUUGGCUACGUGGGUCAUCUCCUCCUCAACGUCCUCCACACGCUCAAAGUCCUCAACCGCAUGGCCACUGGCAGCCCGCGUGGAGUUCUGCUGGUGGAGGUGGAGCAUUGUUUUAGCAGCCUCAGAAAGUACCCCGACUCUCACCUCGACGCCGUGAAACUCAACAAGAUGUUUCUGGCCAUGCACCGCAGCAAGCAGCUUCGGGCCUCCAUCAGCUGGCAUCAUGUAAGGUACAAGGCUGCGGAGAUUGUCCAGGGUUUGAUCGCCAAGACUUCCGAGUUCAAUGACCUGCUGCGGUUGCCCGACUGCCGAGACAGGCCACACGACAUUCUCCCCAUUGGAUCCUGUUCUUCCCGGAGGCAUCACAUCAAGGAAAGAAGCCGAAUUCCAGCUGCUGAUCUUGCCAGAUUCUACCUUCAGAAGAAGAGGAGCCUGCCAUCUUCAAGUCAAUGUGAGGGAACAUCUUUAGUGUCAGGGGAACCAUGUAAGGCAUCAUUAUCAACUUGGCUGGUGGACAUUGUUGAUGAAUCUGUGAAAGCUGGUAUACGCCGCCGAGCCGUCCGACAAGAGCACCCAUUUGAAGAUCCCUGCAAUGAAGGUAACAUAUUUUCACAGUUUCCAAAGUAACCCUUUCCACAGCAGUGUCAAAUCAUUUUGUUAUUCAGCGAGCAGGCUCGAUCUUUGAAGCACACCACUCACAGGGAAAUGCAGGAG